GAGCCAAGGAGUUUGCUAUUCACAGCGUUUCCGAACUGAAUGAUCUUUGUGUUGAAUGAGACUGGUACAUGCUAAAUGAAACAAAAAACAGUCUGCAUUAUAUUUGACCAUAGCUUACAACAAGUAGUCUACAAUCUGUGCCUAGUCUGUGUGACCAAAACAAUGGAGGAGCAAUGUCAGGCCAUGCAAGGACCUCCUGUUCAGCAAUUCCAUACACAGAAAGCAUUACGGCCCGACAUGGGAUAUAACACACUUGCAAAUUUCCAAAUCGAGAAGAAGAUUGGAAGAGGCCAGUUUAGUGAAGUCUGCAGAGCAACCUGCCUACUGGAUGGUGUACCUGUUGCCCUUAAAAAAGUUCAAAUUUUUGAUCUGAUGGAUGCCAAGGCUCGAGCAGACUGUAUCAAAGAGAUUGACCUCCUUAAGCAAUUGAAUCACCCAAAUGUUAUCAAAUACUACGCAUCUUUCAUUGAGGAUAAUGAGCUGAAUAUAGUAUUGGAAUUAGCAGACGCUGGGGAUCUUUCCAGGAUGAUAAAGCAUUUUAAGAAACAAAAACGAUUGAUCCCAGAAAAAACCGUGUGGAAAUACUUUGUCCAACUCUGUAGUGCCUUGGAACACAUGCAUUCUCGUCGUGUCAUGCACAGAGAUAUUAAACCAGCCAAUGUAUUUAUAACAGCCACAGGGGUGGUGAAGCUGGGAGAUUUAGGCCUGGGCCGCUUCUUCAGCUCUAAAACCACAGCUGCACAUUCUUUAGUGGGAACCCCUUAUUACAUGUCACCUGAGAGGAUACAUGAAAAUGGAUACAACUUCAAAUCUGAUAUUUGGUCUUUAGGAUGUCUUCUUUAUGAGAUGGCAGCAUUGCAGAGUCCAUUCUAUGGAGACAAAAUGAACCUUUACUCUCUGUGUAAGAAGAUUGAACAGUGUGACUAUCCCCCCUUACCAUCGGACCACUACUCCGAGGAGCUGCGAAUGCUGGUGAAUACCUGUAUCAACCCCGAUCCAGAGAAGAGACCCGAUGUCACCUAUGUCUAUGAAGUAGCAAAGCGGAUGCACGCUCGAACUGCAACAAGUUAGAUCACAUGCAGCACCAGUAGUUUUCCAAUUAGUCAUAGACUUUCAAGUAUGUUCAAUAUUGAAAGAGGGGAUACUGUGGGAAGGGACUAUGGAAUCAGUUCAGACCCCUGAUGUACUGUAUAGCCCAAAAUGCUUAGCAGAACUUCUUCUUUGGGGAUCAGAAUUAUAUGAAAGCUUUUUAUAUUCACACUAUAGGGUGCACUGGACGACCAAUGAUUAUCAAUGUGAAUAAUGAGUGAGAUGGAUAUUAAAAUCAAAAUUACAA